AGCGGUAAGCAGCUUCCGUGUACAAAGCGAAAAUGUUUUAGAUUCCAUUGCUGCAGUUGCUGGGAUUCAAUGUCUGUGACGUUGCGAGAGUGGAAUAUUCCCAUUCAAAGUCUCCAGCUCGGUGAAUUGAUCGGACGUGGAACCUUUGGCUCGGUGUAUCGCGGCAAGUGGCACGGCGAAGUGGCCGUGAAGAUGAUCGACUUCAACGACCGAGACGACAGCAGCGCCUUCUCCCUGGACUCCUUCAAACGCGAAGUGGUGGCCCUCCACAAACUGCGACACGAGAACCUCGUUCUGUUCAUGGGCGCCUGUACGAAACCGCCCGAUCUGGCGAUUGUCACGCAACUCAGUAAAGGUGAGACACUGCACAGCCUGUUGCACAUUCGAAAACACGCCUUGAGCGCGAACUGGAUCAUCUCGAUAGCUAGUCAGGUUGCCAAGGGAAUGGGGUAUUUGCACGCGCGCCAAAUCGUCCAUCGUGACCUCAAGACGCGCAACAUCUUCAUCGAGACCAACUACAAGGCCGUUAUCGCUGACUUUGCUCUGUUCAACUUUGUUAACUUCUGCAAGUUGGCGAAGUCUGGGCACUACGUCCACGUUCCUGCAAACUGGCUCUGCUACGUUGCUCCGGAAAUCAUUCGCGCUUUGAACAUCGGCAACGCCGACCACAGUCCUGCUAGUGAUCUUCCGUUUACCCCGGAAACUGAUGUCUUCGCGUUCGGGUGUGUUGGUGCACUACUUAGUGGUAGUCUUCCAACCGAAACCCUCGUCUACCUUGUUGGCACUGGAAUUAAACCAACCCUCAAACUCCAGUGCCCCAGGGAAUUCAAGGAGUUGAUGCGACAGUGCUGGUCCUACCGGCCACACGAACGACCCGAGUUCACAGCGCUCGUGAAGCAGCUAGACAGACUGCCAAAGCUCCACCGCAGCCCCUCCUACCCCUCCAAACCGCAUUCGGCCUUCGUGGUUGGCCACAUCUCAGGAAACGCCCUCCUCGUCUGA